AUGCACUUGAAAGACCAAAGUGAGCUGUUCAGAGGCCUGCAAAAUAAAGAACAGAACGUGCUGCUGACACUGACCUCCUUUGUCAGUGAGGGGUUGCAGGUCUUGAAGCUUUUCAAAUCGUUGCACAGGACAAGACAAAAUGUUUUCAAAAAUGAUCCAAGAGCCCUGGAAGCUGCAAGACUUAAGAUAAAUGAAGAAUUCAAAAAUAAUAAAGAUGAGACUUCUUCUGAAAAAAUAGCUGAGCUUAUGAAAAUCGGUUCAGAUGUAGAAGUUGUACUCCGGACUUCUGUAAUUCAGGGUGUUCAUACAGGCGCUGACAAACUAUUGCUGAUACCAAGGAAAGAGCUGCUACUAGACAAUAUUCCUUUCUGCGACCCACCAACGCACAAGUUGUGAAUUGGAGGGAAUAAAGUUAGUUGUU